AUGCGUCGCUUCUUCUCCUCUCACACCAGCGAGGACUCCGACCUCCCCUUCGGAGUGACUGCUGUUACCUACACGCCGAACCGCUCCCUCUCCAUCCGUACCAACCACCGCCGUAACGGCUCCCAGAACACCACGAAGCGAACCGGCUUCUCCUUCAACUCCCUGCGAGGCAACAUCCAGCCCGAGCUCUCGCGAAAGCUCUACCGCCUAAUCAAGAGCGAGAACAACCUCAUCACCGCUCACGAGACAGCCGGCCGUGAGCGCGUCUCCAUCGCUACCCAGCUCUCCGAAUGGGGCGAGCAUACCAACGAUGAAGCCAUUUCCGAUGUCUCGGACAAGGUUGGCGUCAUCCUCAGCGAGCUUGGUGAGCAGGAGGACCAGUAUGCCCAUUCACUCGACGAUGCCCGUGGCGUCUUGAAGGCCAUCCGCAAUACCGAGAAGAGCGUCCAGCCCAGCCGCGAUGGCAAGGACAAGAUCGCAGACGAGAUUGCAAAGCUUAAGAUGAAGGAGCCGCAGAGUGCUAGGCUUGUCGUUCUGGAGCAGGAGCUUGUCAGAGCUGAGGCGGAGAACUUGGUGGCCGAGGCCCAGCUGACGAAUAUCACUCGCCAGAAGCUCAAGGAGGCAUACGAGGCCGAGUUCACCGCCACUAUCGAGCGAGCAGCGAAGCAGAUCAUCCUUGCUAAGCAUGGCCGGCGUCUUCUGCAACUUCUCGACGACACCCCCGUCGUCCCUGGCGACAUGCACCCGACGUAUCACCACGCUCAACAGGCACGACAGAUUCUGAACGAUGCAGAGGAUGACCUUCGAGACUGGACACCGGAGCAGGAUUUCGUCACCACUCAAGUCGGCAGCGACUCGCAAUCUAAGGGUAGGGAGACCUUUCACGAUGAGGAUGCUAAGAUCGUCGCCGGUUCGGUACCUGGAGCCAAGCGUAGGAGUGUGGACGGAGCCAGUACCUCUAGCAACGGUACCAAGCAGACUGAGAGCGUAGCUGCCGCAUGA